AUGCUAGUAUAUUUGAAGACUAGAAUAUCACCAAAAAGGUAUGCUCGAUGUACAACGGAAGAAAAUUUUCUAGAAGAAAAAUUCUCCACUAUUGACGGGAAGAAUUUAAGCCACUACAAUUUCUACAAAAAUGCCAACUCUUUACAAGUGUAUGAAGCAUUUCAACUAGGAUUUGAAAAAACCAUCUAUCCUAGUCAAAACCUGCAAGAAAUAAAUCUUUUCUCUAAAAGCUUUACAAAAGCAAUAAAAACAUUCAGAACAAGAUGCUGCAAAAAGGUUCAAGACAUUUUUCUAAAGUUCAACAGUAGAAUCCCAUACUGGAAUGAUAAGGAUGAAAUAAAAUAUCAUCCUCAUCAUUUAGUACAGAUAGGCAUCUGCAAACAAGAAACCUAUCUGCCCAGCAAAGCCAUGGAAGAAAAGCUUGAAAGAGCCUAUAUCCUCCAGCUAGCAAAAUCUAGAAUUGAAAUAUUUAUCAAUAAGGUUUUCAGUUUUUCAACAGAUGACAAGAUCUUCGUCAAUGGAUAUGAUGCUAAUGAGAAGACCUUAAUCUACAGCAAAUACAGCAAAGAGAUUUCUCCGGCCAAUGAACAACUAUUCUUAGCCUUCCAAAGAUAA